AUGGACCAAGAUUUGGGUUCAGAGUCAAAUCUUCCUUCUGGGUCAAUUGAUAAGUCUAGGGUUUUGGAUGUGAAGCCAUUGAGAUGUCUUGUCCCGGUUCUCCCAAAUGCACCUGGUAUGUCAUCUGUGUCAAGUCCCCAACCAGCACCCUUUGUAUGCAUUCCACCAACUGGUCCUUUCCCACCUGGAAUCCAACCAUUUUACCCGUUUGUGGUUCCAAAUGCUUCUCAAAACAACCCAUCUAGUGUCCCCAACGAAGCAGCGAAUUUUGGUUUUGGGGCCUCUAUACAGUCUCCUAUUCCAUUGAAUUCCUUUAGAACUCCAACUAAGCCGGUGAAUGGGGGCAUGGAGCGAUCUAAUAGGACAACUAAAACUUAUGCAUCAGGAGCUGUAUCUAUAGGAGACGGGUAUGCUGACUCUUGGAAUCAGAGUGAUGUGGAGAAUGCCAGUAAUUCAGGGAAACGAAGAGGUCAGCCAAGGAAGAAAAGAGACAGCAAUGACAAUGAUGUUAUUGAAACGGUAGUUAAUAACCUCAUUACUUCAUUUAAGCUUAACAGUUUUGAUGAUUUUAGAAGAACCAGUGGUGAUAAGGAGGUAGCUGGUACCAUACUCUUGGUAUUUGAUUUGCUCAGGAGAAGGCUUACCCAAAUUGAAGAAUCAUCUCCAGGCAUUUCUAAACAUCCGAACCUUACGGCUGGUACAGUUUUGAUGGCAAAAGGUGUUCGGACAAAUAGCACAAAGAGGAUUGGGCACGUACCUGGAGUUGAAGUGGGCGAUAUUUUUUUCUUUAGAAUGGAGCUGUGUAUAGUGGGGUUACAUGCUCCAAUUAUGGCUGGGAUAGAUUACAUGAGCGUCAAACUUACCAUGAAUGAAGAACCUUUAGCCGUCAGCAUUGUCUCAUCUGGAGGAUAUGAUGAUCAGGGUGGUGAUGGAAAUGUAUUGAUUUACACUGGCCAAGGUGGAGUGCAGAGGAAAGAUGGGCAAGUAUUUGAUCAGAAACUUGAAAGGGGGAAUCUUGCUUUGGAAAAGAGUCUGCAUAGGGCCAGUGAGGUAAGAGUCAUAAGGGGUGUAAAGGAUGUUAGCGGUUCAAAUGGGAAGAUAUAUGUUUAUGAUGGCCUUUACAAAAUUGAGGAGUCAUGGAUAGAAAAAAGUAAGUCGGGAUGCAAUGUUUUCAAGUACAAAUUGAUUAGGAAACCUGGACAACCUGAAGCAUUUACUUUGUGGAAAUCAAUUCAGCAAUGGAAGAAUGGAAAUGCCUCAAGGAGUGAGCUCAUCCUUCCCGAUAUAACUUCAGGUGCAGAGAGUCUGCCUGUCACUCUUGUGAAUGAAGUCGAUGAUGAAAAGGGACCUGCUUACUUCACUUACAGUCCUAUGCUCAAGUAUUCGCAGCCUUUUUCUGCUCCUAAGCCUUUUUCAGGCUGUCAUUGCCUAAAUGGAUGUCAACCAGGCAGUAGUAACUGCCCUUGCAGCCAGAGAAACGGAGGAUAUCUCCCCUAUAUAUCACCUGGGGUCCUUGUGUCUUACAACUCCUUGAUACAUGAGUGUGGUUUUACCUGUGCAUGUCCUCCUAACUGCAGGAAUCGAAUAUCUCAGGCAGGUCUGAAAAUACGUCUGGAAGUUUUUAAAACAAAGAACAGAGGAUGGGGACUUAGGUCCUGGGAUUCGAUCCGGGCAGGUGGUUUUAUUUGUGAGUAUGCAGGGGAUGUCGUUGAUGCAUCUAGGGUAGGUGAAUUCAGGAAUGAAAACGAAGAUAAUUAUAUUUUUGAUUCGACUCGCAACUAUGAACCAUUGGGAGCUGUGUGUGAUGAUUCUAAUGGUUCUGUAAAAGUCCGAUUUCCCCUCAUUGUAAAUGCAAAAAAUAAUGGCAAUGUAGCUCGUUUCAUGAACCAUAGUUGUUUGCCAAAUGUGUUCUGGCAACCAGUUUUACGUGAAAGUAAUAGCGAGGCGUACAUCCAUAUUGGUUUUUUCGCCAUCCGACAUAUUCCUCCAAUGCAAGAGCUAACAUAUGAUUAUGGGAUGAUUCCAUCUGAGAAAGGAAUCCAUGGAAGAAAAAAGUGCUCCUGUGGGUCAGUGAAAUGCAGAGGCUACUUCUAUUGA